AUGUCUGACCGUUCAUCAUCGCGGCCACAAGACACCUUGUCAAGUCCAGAUUCCUCUGUAUCAGGACUACAGCAAUUCAUCGAAGCCAAUAAAUUGCCCAAGGCUUCGAACAAAUCGGAGGAUACCCAUCAUUUGGCAUUGCAGAUUGCGCAUAACCUUCGCUUCCAACACAACUGGACAGACGUGCGACUUCACUACCAAAGUAGACGUGAAAAGGGUAUCGCUUCGCUACCACGACCCGUGAUCUCUGGUCUCCCACCACAGCGCCUAUACGUCCAUGCGGACGAACAGGUCGACUUGCUACAGCGGCAACGGCGGGAGGGUAAAGCUGGAUGGCCUGAACUCGCGUCCGAACGGGAAUGGGUCUUACCCACACAGCUAGGUGAGAGCUGGUCUCUACGACGUUUCGCGGAAGUGUUCGACGCUCUGAGCUGUAUCCCGCCGGACAAGCAAGGAGGUCCACUCUUCUUCGAAGCCGAGUCAUGGUCGCGAAGCGGCAUCACCACGCAAUCCCAGGAGAACAGCGAAGCGAGAUCAUCGACCCCGAACCGCGUGAUCGGCCCAUCACAAGGCACAAGCAAGCGCACGAGAACGCCACCAGCCCUGUCCAAGGACACUUCGUCCACAGAAUCCGGAACAGGUAUGCCUACCACAGCUGCAGCGCCGGCGAAUCCGUGGCGGACGUCACAGCCUAAGCGUAUGCUGCUGGCGAGUCUGGACGACGACAGUACAGUCGUGUACUACAUCAUCCACGAUGGCCUCGUCAAGCCACGGCAGAACUAA